AUGAACUCUUCAGAACUUGGCCUCACUGGUUUUAACGUUUUCAGAUGUGACAGAUCUUUGGCCACGAGCAAUAAGAUCAGUGGUGGUGGUACUCUCAUAGCAGUACGUGAUCACCUAGCAUGUCAACUUGUCCCCUUGCAUGCCUGCUCCUCGGAAUGCGUUUUUGUUACCUGUACUUCUGGAACCCGUCGCAUCUUGUUGGGCUCUGUCUAUAUCCCCCCCAGCCAGCCUGCCAUCGUCUAUGCCGACUUCUGUGACGUGGUGGAGGAUAUCCUCUCAUCUUCUAACUUCGUGGAUGAUGUGCUUCUCUUCGGUGAUUUUAACAAACCUGAAGCGGACUGGGGUGAGCUUGAUUCCUGCGAAGGCGAUUCCUCUUCAAACUACCUACGCAACUUAGCUUAUACUCACAACCUCUCCCAAAUCAACAAAAUCCGAAAUCGCAGAGGUGUCUACCUGGACCUCAUUUUUUCAUCUACUCCUACAACUGCAGUCAUCCGCGCUGACGACCUUCUUGUUGCCGAAGACAUUCAUCACCCUGCGCUCUCCUGCUCAAUCCUGCUGCAGAAACGCUCAGCCUCGAGGGACGUCAGGAUCGUACCUGACUUCAGAAAAUGCAACUUGGACGCUGUGUUUCGUGAUCUGCAGAACGUUAACUAUCCUUCACCUUCUUCUCUACCUGAUGUCGAAUCUGCCUUCUCUGACUUCUGCGACCACCUUGGCUCAAUCAUAUCUCAACAUACACCCACAAAACAGCUUCAAUCCUCAAGCUUUCCUGCCUGGUUUACCGAGGAGCUAAAACGACUUGUCUUAAGGAAGAAGGCCACCCAUCGACUUCUUAAAACCUCAGGAAAUCUUCGUCAUCGUGAAAGUUUUCGCAAUUUGAGAAGCCAGUGCAAGUCUUUAGCCACCAAGUGUCAUCGAGACUACUUAAAAAGAAUUGAAGACGACAUUCCUCAUAACAUAAAAUCUUUUUGGUCUCACGUCAACAGACUCAAGAGCAGUCCAUCCCCUGCUGCUAAACUAUCAUUUGAUGGUAGAGAAGCUGAGUGUGCUGCCGGAAAGUGCGAACUAUUCUCAAACUACUUUUCAUCCGUCUUCACGGAGAACCAAAUUCCCUCGCCUGUCUUCGACUUUGGCUGGAACUUCUCCAUCACUAAAUGUGUCAUCACAGCCUCAGACGUUCAACUCAAACUUGCCUCGCUUGACCCAAAUAAGGGAGCCGGUCCUGAUGCUAUUCCUCCGUGCGUUCUUAAAUACUGUGCCCCUAUUUUGGCUCCUCAUCUGGCUAUCUGGUUUACAUCCCUGCUCUCACUUGGAAACUUCCCAUCGGCCCUUAAGCGUGGCUUUGUCGUCCCCAUCUUCAAAUCUGGUGAUCGUUCAAAUGUCAGAAACUAUCGGCCCAUUGUCAUUCUCUCUGCUGUUGCCAAGGUGUACGAGAGCAUUGUUUUGGACUACCUCUAUUUUCAUCUCCGUAAAUGUAUCUCCUCCUCUCAACAUGGCUUCCUGCGCUCACGCUCAACAGUGACAAACCUGAUGGAGUUUCAAGAAUACGUCAUGGCCGCUUUUGGCGAUGCUCUCCAAGUUGACUGUGUUUACCUUGAUCUCUCCAAAGCCUUUGACAAGGUCAAUCACAACAUCCUUGUGGCAAAGCUCGCCGGAUAUGGUGUGGGGGGGCCCUGCUUGAGUGGUUAA